GAUCAGAAAAUGAGAUCAGUUAUCUAGGAGUUUUCUACUAAAUUGGCAUUACUAAAAACUUUCCACGACAAAACUACAGAGGUCUGGACCUCGGGGACAUCGAUGGUGGAUACGGCCAUGAUAAUAAUUUAAUUUCGUUCUUUGCGCCGGUAAUUUACAUGUGCACGAGGUCUGCACGCGCGCUUCUGACUAAUUCCUGGGGCUGCCAUUUUUUUCCAGGGAACUGUGGGUUAUACAUUUGGAUUUUAUAUCAUAUUCAAUAUUCGACGUAUUUCUAUGUCACAGGAUAGAUGGGAACUCCUUUAAUAUUGUUUAAAAAGCAUUUCAGGAAAACCAUAACACAACCACACCAGCUCAAGUGUUUAAGUGGAUUAAAGAUCUGUUUGAGUGCUCUGGAGUCUUGAACCUCUUUUGAAUAGAAGAGAAAACCAUUUAAAACACACAACAUUGUGCACAGUGAGCAUAAGAACAUCUGGAUGAGGUUCUGGAGGUACUAGUAAAGCAGCUGCAGCUGAAGGAAUCAACAUCAGCCGAGUUUAAAGUGCUGAGAUCUGAGACAUCAGAAUCCCCUCAGACGAUCUUCAGGCCUUAUAAAUAAAAAGAGUUUUUGCUCCCAUGGCAGAAGCAGACGAGUUGUGCGAUUUGCUGUUUUUGUGGCUGAAAAAGAGGAAGCAGUGUGCAGAGAAGCUGUUGGCUUUGGCAAAGGAGUUGGAGGAUGUACAUGAAAAAAGUACAGUUUCUCAAGUGGUCGGAUCUGCCACGUCCGUGAUUGCACUGUCUACAGCAGGAGUCGUCACUAUCCUGACAGGAGGCCUGGCCACCCCUCUUCUGGUUGCCACAACAGUGGGGACGAUAGCGGGAGCUGCAGUCGACUUCGCUUCCACAGCAAUAGAGGCAAUCAUCUCCGGCAGUACCAUGAAGGACGCUAAAAGUAUCAUCCAAGAAGAUGAGAAGAUUGGAAAGAACAUUCAGGAGGCAAUAGAAAAUCUGAAGAAGAAAUGUGGAGUGCAACAAAAUGGCGCUCAUGGAUCUACAGAUGUAGGUAGUGAGGUGGCCACUCAAAUUAUGUGGGCACUGGCCAGACGAAAUAAUGUAGAUGUGCCUCCGGGCUUUCUCCGAAUAUUCGUCAGGUCCGCGUUCUUUCAAAAUUCAGGUGGACUGCAUGCUGCUGCUGCCAUUCCCCAAAUGUUGAUUUUAUCUGCUGCAGCAUUAUGUUUUCAACUGGGCAUCGAAGGCUUCGAGGUCGGUGCCAAAGGACUGGGCAUGAGUGGUGCAAAAGCUGCUUCUAAAGCAGGUUUUAAGUUACUGGGCGUGAUUGGUUUGGGCAUCUCUCUGUACAGCUUGGUUUCGAGUUGUGAAGAAAUGCUAAAGAGCAAUCAGCGCACGAAGGCCAGCCAGGCUCUACGAAAUGCAGCCAGGGAAGUACAAGAAGGAAGGAGAAACCUGGAAAAACAACUCGACGCAAUGAAGUAUGAUCAUUAUUAUGUUACCUUUCUAUUCUGACCACAGUGAAACAUGUAAAUGGAAAGGUUCACAUAAAGAAU